ACGUAAUAAUCUGGUCUUCUAAUGAACCGUCAUCCACGUUUUUUCACCACUAAUAAAAAAGGUGAAAUAUAUGAACUUAAAAAACAGUUAAAUAGUGAAUAUAGACAAACACGUAGCGAUGCAGUAAAGAAAGUAAUUGCCAGCAUGACAGUAGGAAAAGAUGUUAGUGGUCUAUUUCCUGAUGUUCUCAAAAACAUGCAAACGGAUGACAUUGAAUUAAAGAAAUUAGUUUAUCUUUAUUUGAUGAAUUAUGCAAAAACACAACCUGAGCUUGUCAUCUUAGCUGUCAAUACAUUUGUUAAAGAUUCAGAUGAUCCAAACCCUUUAAUUCGUGCAUUGGCCAUCCGUACUAUGGGUUGCAUUCGUGUUCAAAAAAUCAUUGAUUAUCUUAUGGAACCUCUCCGAAAAUGCCUCCAGGAUGAGAACCCAUAUGUUCGUAAAACAGCAGCUAUUUGCGUUGCAAAGCUUUUUGAAAUAGAGCCUGAAAUGACAGAAGAACAAGGAUUUAUUAAUAUGUUGAAAGAUAUGGUAUCAGACGUAAAUCCUAUGGUUGUUGCUAAUGCAGUAAUUGCAUUAGCUGAUAUUCAUGAAGACAAUCCUGAAAAACAUUAUUUUCAAGUUACUGAGACAGUUGCCAAUAAGCUAUUACAUGCUUUAAAUGAGUGCACAGAAUGGGGUCAAAUCGCUAUUUUGAAUGCUUUAACAGAUUAUAAGCCAAAAGAUGGAAAGGAAGCAGAGACUAUAUGUGAUCGUGUCAUACCACGUCUACAACAUGCUAAUGGUGCUGUUGUUUUGUCAGCAAUCAAAAUUAUAUUAAUGAAUAUGUAUUAUGUAAAAGAUAAGGAAAUGACACAAACAUUUUAUAGAAAGAUGACGCCUCCACUUGUUACUUUGUUAUCGAGCCCACCAGAAUUUCAAUACAUUGCACUUCGUAAUAUUACACUUAUAUUACAAAAAUGUCCCCAAGUGUUAAAUAAUGAAAUGCGAGUCUUCUUUUGUAAAUAUAAUGAUCCACCUUAUGUAAAACUAGAGAAGCUUGAAAUCUUGAUUCGAUUAUGUAAUAGUAGAAAUGUAGAUCAAUUAUUAAGUGAAUUAAAAGAAUACGCAAAUGAAGUUGAUGUCGACUUUGUUAGAAAGUCAGUAAAUGCUAUUGGUCGAUGUGCUAUCAAGAUCGAUGACGCUACUGAACGUUGUAUAAAUGUUUUAUUAGACUUAAUCAAGACAGGUGUAAGUUAUGUAGUUCAAGAAGCUAUUGUAGUAAUCAAAGAUGUUUUUCGUAAAUACCCUCGUACGUAUGAGGGUAUUAUUCCUCAAUUAUGUGAAAACCUUGAGGUAUUAGAUGAGCCAGAAGCUAAGGCCUCACUUAUUUGGAUCAUUGGCGAAUAUGCAGAGAGAAUAGAUAAUGCGGAUGAUUUAAUUGGAUACUUUUUAGAAAACUUUACUGAAGAAAAUUCUCGAGUUCAAUUACAACUCUUAACAGCUACUGUCAAGCUAUUUUUGAAGAAACCAAGUGAAAAUCAGGGCCUUGUACAAACCAUUCUUCAAACAGCUUCUAAUGAAUGCGAUAAUGCAGACAUUCGCGAUAGAGCAUAUAUCUAUUGGCGAUUACUUUCAACGGAUCCACAAGCAGCGAAAGCAGUUAUAUUAUCAGAGAAACCACCUAUUGCAGGAGAAAAUCAAGAAUUAUCAUCAGCCCUUUUAGAUGUUUUAAUAAGAGAAAUUGGUACACUUGCCUCUGUCUACCAUAAACCAUCUGAAACAUUUAUUGCUGGUAAAACAUAUGGUGCUGAUAAUGUAUCUAAAGCAAUGCAUAGUCACUAUGAUGAAGAAGAAGAUCCCAAUGCUCCACCUCAAAAAAUUAGAGAAGCCAUUAAGAAUAAUAAUAUUGGCGAUUUACUAGAUUUAGAUUGGAGUGAGCCUUCACCAACUCAAGAGAUGCCCAUUAGUAACAAUCUAUUUGAUGAUUUACUAUCAUUUGAUACUAAUACUAGUGUUAGCACAGUUAGCCAAACUACCAAUAAUCAUACAAACAGUACAGAUGAUAUAAUGAAAUUAUUCAAUACUAGCAAUAAUUCUGGUUUAAAAAAUGUAAACAAUAAUACAACUAAUAAUGAUCCUUUUGCAAAUCUUUUAUAA